CCUAGCGGGUGCACCGGCCUGCGCUGGGCUGGGCCUUUUUCUCUGGUCUGGACCACCCGGAUGGGGCUCUUCGGGCCCCGCCCCGUCUGGCCUAGUCCGGCCUGCCCGAAUCCCGCAAGCUCUGCAGGCGGCUAGGGGGCGGACCCCAGCCCCACGUCCUGCCACCUGCCUGCAAAGGAUCCGGGGAUGGGCAAGCGCCACCCAGCCCGCUCCGGAGUCAGCAUUGGGUCUCAAGGAGGCCGGGUGACGCUCCAGAAUGGGAGACAAGCCAAUUUGGGAGCAGAUUGGAUCCAGCUUCAUUCAACAUUACUACCAGUUAUUUGAUAACGACAGAACCCAACUAGGCGCAAUUUAUAUUGACGCGUCAUGCCUUACGUGGGAAGGACAGCAAUUCCAGGGGAAAGCUGCCAUUGUGGAGAAGUUGUCUAGCCUUCCAUUCCAGAAAAUCCAGCACAGCAUCACGGCACAGGACCAUCAGCCCACGCCAGACAGCUGCAUCAUCAGCAUGGUUGUGGGCCAGCUCAAGGCCGAUGAAGAUCCCAUCAUGGGGUUCCACCAGAUGUUCCUAUUAAAGAACAUCAAUGAUGCUUGGGUUUGCACCAAUGACAUGUUCAGGCUUGCCCUGCACAACUUCGGCUGACCUCCUCCCAGCCAGGCACUAAUGCUGUUUCCUCCUCCCUCCUCUUCCCAGUACUAUUCACACUCCUCCAGAUGCUCCAAAUAUCGUACACAAAUGAGCAGGGCCCGGUGGGAGUGGGCGCAGUGCGCUGCUGCUACCGAGGUGUUGUGCAUGAUGUUUGGAUGCUAGACUAGUUGCAUCUGACAGGAGAAGUUUGUGUUGUACCAGCGCAUGCCUUGGAAAGACUUAAGUAAUGCAAAAGGUUGUCUCUCUUUUUUUUUUUUUUUUUAAUCUACUGACAAGUUGCUCUAGUAACCCAAAGAAGUGAAGGAGAAAGCAGCUGCCUCACCGCCCAGAUAUUGAUUUGUUCGGAUGUUUCAAUGCCUCAUGAUACAAUAAAACCACGAAAAUUUUCUUAACAGUUUAAA